UAAUCACAGAUGAGGUCAGAUUUAAUUGGCGACGCAGCUUUCUUCUGAGCUCUGACCCCAACCUACCGCUAGUCUCCACCAGUCUUCCUUCUCGCUCGGGCUCUCUCAGUCGUGAGUCGUCGCUAUCGCCGCCGCUUCCCGCGCGGAGGAGCGGUCUGAGGGGAGUAAGGGCGGCGGGCGCGAUGGCGGAGGGGAAGGAAGGCGACUGGGAGUGUAGCGGCUGCCGGAACCGCAACUAUGCAUUCCGCUGCUUCUGUAACCGCUGCAAGCAGCCCCGCAUCCUCGUCGACACCAUGUCCCCUGCCGACGCCAAGUGGCUUCCCCGCGUCGGCGACUGGAUCUGCACCGGUUGCAGUAACAACAAUUAUGCAUCCAGAGAAGAGUGCAAAAAGUGUGGCCAAACAAAGGAUGAAGCAGCAAUGCCAGCUCUUGCAAUGCCUGGUUCGUCGCUGUUGACUAAUGCACAUUACACUGGAAUGCUACAAGGACUUUAUGGGUCACAGAUGAAUUCAGCAUUAAGUGGCAAUCCUGCUAUUCAGUCGCUUCUACCCAGUUCAAGUUGGUCAUCUUGGGAGAAUAAUAAAUUUGGGAUGCAGUCUGCUCUCAAUUACUCCUUCACUCAAAAUAGUAGAGGUCAAUAUUUGUUUUCAGGCAACCCAAGUGAGCUUCUUCCAGCACCAAAAGACUGGCGCUAUGGUGACUGGAUAUGUAAUUGUGGUUUUCAUAACUACUCAUCCCGCACUGAGUGUAAAAAGUGCAAUGCACCGUUAUCAUCUAGUGCUCCUUCAAUAGCAACUUCAAUUGUUUCGGAUAUGUUUUCAACUUUGGGCACAAAAUGUUUGGCAUCAGAAGAGUUUUCUUUUGGCUGGGAUGACAAAAGGCUUAAUUCAGGAGUUGUAAAUAACAACCUUUUGACAAAUGGACAGGGGAACUCAUACUUGGGUUUUGAGCAACAAGCAAGUUACAAUUAUGAUCAAGUAGCUGGAGAUUAUUCUAAAUAUUUCAGUGCAGAUGUUACAAUUGGGUCCAAGCAAGUGAAUGUUCAUUCUUUGCAACAAAGAACAAUGCCCACUCUCAUUGGAAAAGGGGCAAAACAUUGGCGUGAUGGGGAUUGGAUGUGCAAUAACUGCAACAACCAUAAUUUUGCAUCUCGUUCUAUUUGCAACAGGUGUAAAACACAGAAAGAAGCUGCAAUCCUUCCUGUUAGUGUUGCGUAGCUUCGACGUGUGUUGUAAGGCUUGAGAUCAUUAGAGGUACUUGAGCUUUUCAGUGUGAUUUGGAGCUUAUGAGCAAAGUAUGCUCCUCCUUUGGUUGCUGGUUUCCUGAUUGGUAUGAGGACCAGUUUGUGUUAAGAGAAGAGUCUGCUUUGAUGAAAGAUGAGUCUUUUUGUGCUGAUGAAGUGGGAUUUGAUUGCUGACUAAUAAAAGUCUCACUAAUAUGCUGAUUGA